AGUCACAAUGGCUUCAGCGUUCCGCAUCUCUCUGAAACCAAAGGUCAGUGAUAGUAUGACUCAUUUGAUGGUGGACUUCGCUCUGGAAAGGCACAUGCUCCAGGCUGUAAAGUUUUUGCCAGUCCCUAAAGCUCCAGAGAUAGAUCUAGCAGCAUGUCUGGUUGCUGAUAACUGCAUAACAGUAUCGUGGAGAAUGCCUGAAGAAGACAGCAGAGUUGAUCAUUUUGUACUAGAGUAUAGGAAAACCAACUUUGACGGGCUUCCUCGAGUAAAAGAUGAACAGCAUUGGGAACUGAUAGACUAUAUUAAAGCUACUGAAUAUACAUUGUCAGGUCUGAAAUUUGAUACAAAAUAUAUGAACCUUAGAGUACAAGCUUGCAACAAAGCUGUGGCAGGGGAAUACUCUGAUCCCGUGACUCUGGAAACUAAAGCAUUUGUGUUCGGUUUGGACAGUACUUCAUCUCAUCUGAACUUGAAAGUUGAAGAUAACUAUGUUGAAUGGGAUCCUACUGGAGGCAAAGGCCAAGAAAAAAUAAAAGGGAAGGAGAACAAAAGCAGUGGCCAGAAUCCUCUGCUGAAGAGCAAUAGAAGAAGUGGUGCACCAUCUCCAAAGAGGACAUCUGUUAGCACAAGAUCUGCAGCAAGGGGCAGCAGAGAUCGUUUUACUGGUGAAUCAUACACAGUGUUGGGAGACACUGCUGUUGAAGGUGGACAGCAUUACUGGGAGGUGAGAGCCCAGAAGGACUGCAAAUCCUACAGUGUGGGAGUGACGUAUAGAAACCUGGGGAAAUUUGACCAGCUGGGAAAGACUAAUUCAAGCUGGUGCAUCCAUAUCAACAACUGGCUGCAAACCACAUUUUCAGCAAAACAUAAUAAUAAAACCAAGACUCUAGAUAUACCUGUUCCAGACAGAAUAGGAGUAUACUGCGACUUUGAUGGAGGUCAGCUCACAUUUUAUAAUGCAAACUCAAAGGAGUUGUUACACACCUUCAGAACAAAGUUUACCCAGCCAUUAUUGCCAGGCUUCAUGAUCUGGUGUGGUGGGCUUACAGUGAGUACUGGACUGCAGGUGCCAAGUGCUGUGAAAACGCUCCAGAAGAGUGAAAAUGGAUUGAGUGGUUCAACAAGCAGCCUAAACAAUAUUGCCUAG